GUAUCAGCGCACAUCACUGCUAUUACACGAGAGGGGAGAUCUCUUUACGCGCAGGUUCACGCUUGUGCGCGCGUUUUUUUUCUGUCGGGGUGGGGGCGCGCACAUGCAUCCGAGGCUCGUUGAUCUGUGCAGCGAGCUGAGAGUCAGAGCCGCAAGUGAAGAGGGAGUCAUAAGUUCUCAGCAUCGGAAGAGCUUCGCCAAGUGGCUCCAGCGAGCAGCUUUCCAGGCGCACGGAUCGUUGCUGAGGGGGAGUCAAGCCGGAGGAUGCUGAGCCGAGCCGAGCCGGGAGCUGCAGCUUCACCUCAUCUGCGCAAACACUGGAUGCUUCUGUAACUUUGAAUGUGUUGAAGUUUAUCUCCGCUGUCUGUUGCUCUGGUCUAGUCCGGUUUGGUUAAGAGCUGCUCGCCUGUCAUGCUUGCUCCAUCCGUCCACAGUGCGCUCUUUCUGUGCGCCUUCCUCCAGCUGUUCUACCUGCCCGGCGGACAGAUGCCAUCCUGCCAGGAGGUGCGCACAGUCUUUCACUCUCUGCAUCCGGGCUCCAAGUGGGUCCCUGAAACCCCGGUGUCAGGUGCGGAUCUGCAGGUUUGCCAAACCAAAGGCCCGACCUGCUGUUCCAAGAAAAUGGAGGAGCGCUAUCAGGUGGCCGCACGCAGCAACAUGGAGUCUGGUCUGCAAGUCGUCAGUGCUCAACUCAAACGUCUUAUCAUCCACAACGCUGCCAUAUUCCAAGAGGCCUUUGACCUGGUGCUGCGUCACGGCCGUAACUUCACCCUGGCAAUGCUGAAGUCCGAGUUCCCAGGUCUGGGAGGUGGAGCCCAGAGCUCCGUGGGGCAGCUCUUCCUGGACAUGUCGCUCUACAUCCUGGGCUCAGACUCCACAGUGGACCACAUGGUGGCGGUGCUCUACGGCCGCCUCUUCCCACUGGCAUACCGCCGCCUGCUGGGCGGAAGCGGAUCCUCUUUGUCUGAGGAGUGUGUAAAAGGAGCCUGGAAGGAGUCCGAAGCAUUUGGCCCUUAUCCCAAACUGAUGAUGACCCGUCUGUCUCGGUCCCUCCUGGCCACGCGAGUCUUUCUGCAGGCGCUGAACCUGGGCAUCGAGGUUGUCAACACCACUGACCACCUGCGGCCCAGCCGGGACUGUAGCCGGGCCCUGCUGAGGCUGUGGUACUGCCCGCACUGCCAGGGCAUGCUGGGGCCGCCAGCCUGCAGAGGCUUCUGUCAGGCGGUGAUGCACGGCUGCCUGGGGGGAGCAGCCGAGGUGCAGCCUCACUGGAGGAGCUAUGUGGAUGGACUGGGGAAGCUGGCCGGUGCCAUGAGGGGCGAGCAGGACAUGGAGGCUGUUGUUCUUAGACUGCCUUCAAUGAUCAAACUGGCUCUCAAGCACGCUGUGAACGAACGCACGCGCCUCACUGCCCUGGUGAGCGGGAUGUGUGGACACACUCCUCAGCGGGCCGCUCGCUCGGUAGGAUCAACUCCUGCACAGCCUCCCGCUGUCUCUGCAGCCCGCAACACGCAGCCCUCCUCCUCGGAUUCUGAUGAGACUCUGGCUGGCCUCCGCAGGGAGUUCAUAUCCGACUUGAAGGGCUUCAGCUCCUUCUACAGUGGUCUUGGGGAGGCGCUGUGCAGCCGUGAGCCCGCUCCAGCGAACCACUCCCUCUGCUGGAAUGGGCAGGAGAUGACAGACAGGUUUCCUGGGCCGGGCCUGAAGCGACCGCAUCCCGGCUCCGAGUCCCGAAGCAACAAGCCCCCUGAGCCGAUCAUCAGCCAGAUCAUAGACAAACUCAAACACAUCAACCAGUUGCUGCGACUGGUAACGGUAUCUGAGAAGCGCUGGAGAGCCCGGUCGCGUGGAAGCGGAGGGGACGGGUGGAGCGAUGAGGGGGAUGAGGGAUUCGAGAGCGGUGACUGUGACGAUGAAGACGAGUGCUCCGGCGUGUCAGGGCUGGGGCCACCACCGAGACGCAAACGGUUACGCAUCUUUGCAGACCUUGCUGAUAACCUGGCAAUGGACGACUUCACCUUCCAGGAGCAGCUGCUGACCCCUGGCUUGGCCACAGCCGGGGUCGGAGGCGUCUCCUCGCCGGCGGCUCCGCUGUGGAGCGGCUACCUGGUCCAGAUGCUCCCGGUGACGCUUGCUCUGCUCCUGCUUUGUCACCACUGACCAGUGCACUCACACACUCCCAUCACCUUUUUCUCCCCCCCCCUAGGAUUCAACACAAACUCUGUGGAACGGGACAAACUUUUUUUUUCAGUUCUGGUUCCUAAUGUAAAGUUCAGUGGCGCAACAAAGUUAGCAUGAACAAAAAAUGCUACAUUUCUCUUUUUCUGUCUCCGUUUUGUUUCAUUCAAAAUCACUGGAUGUCCUCUACAACCGUUUUAAAGCACACCAGAUAAACCCAUGGCAUCGUGUAAAUAACAAAUUUGCCCUCCGGUCCACUCCCACUAUGGUUAUUACAACAUUUGUGCCCUCUUGCCUCACCUUCUCUCUCCUAUCAUACUGACUUCUGUAUAAUAAAGUGAUGGGUGCCCUCGUCAUGAAACAGCUUUGUCAUUAAAUUGCAAGUGAGGAGCUUCUCAGAGAACAGACACACCACAGAGCCGUAUUAAUUGCUCCCAGUCUGCAACAAGUUAUUGCCCUACAGAGAUAUGUUGGAAGAAGAAGAAAACUUUUGCAACUCUCUUCCAUGGGAGUGAAUGAUCUCCUGCCAGGACUGGCUUCAGCUCGGGAAGUGUUGUGAACUCCUUAUCCCCAGAAGCUGAGGUGAAACCCUUAUUUAAACAUGCUCUGUUACUAUUUAAAUCUCCCUCUUUCUCUCUCAUUGUUUAUGUCCUAGUGAUAGCUAAAUUAUUUCAGACUGAUUCCCUCAACUUAAAUGUUCACACUCCCACUGUCAGUGUUUGCUCUAUUUUGUAACGCUGAUGAUUUUGUUUUUAACAAUAUAGCCCUAUAAUUAAAAAAAAAAGGUCUAUCAUAAGAGCCUAAAUCUCCAAAUCAGCCUGAUAACUGUACAUAUGUAUGUUUCUCUGUGUUGAUAACAUGUUUACAAAACUGUUUUAUUUGAAAUGUUGGCAUAUUUCGCACUAAUAUAUGUUUUGUGGACUGAAUUAUUGGACUGUGAGGCAUUGCGAACUUCUAGCUUAUUCUUUAGCACUGUGGGUAAAGCGAGGAGUAAUGUGAAAUAUAAAUAUGUGUUAAUUACUUUUUUAAUGUUGGUUUGCAUGAAGCUCAUGCAUUCUCAAAGUCUGGCCUUUGUAUUUAAUUACUUGUUCUAUGUUUUGUUUAAAUCAGAUGUCAAUUUUUAUUUAUUUAUUAUUUUUUGUUUAGUUUGGUUCGUGUGGUGAAAACGGGAUUCCAGCUCCCUUGUUUAGACUGGAGGAGGUGUGAUGCUUGUUUGGAAAGACACUAAUUAAACGCUGAAAGUGUAUCU